AUGGAUGAUUAUGAGAGCGACGGACGCGACUACAGUGAAAACAUCGACGAGGGGCCGGGAAAUGCAGAGACGGAAUUUUUUUUCUCCAGGAAACCGUCGGCGGGUACAUGUCCACCGAAGAAGCAGGAGCCCGAUAAGAAAGCCGAGCAAAAAUCUAAGUCAUCGAGGUCGUGCGACUGUAAACCUGACAAGAAACCACGAAGAGCCAAGAGAAAAAAGAUGCCGAGCUCCGUCAAUCCUUUUAUCAUUUUUUAUCUGACUGAGUAUUUCAAAAAUCCGUCAAAAAAGGUGACUGAAGUGGCUCGGGAGGCGGGCAAGAAAUGGUGCAGUAUGUCGGAGGCGGAGAAGGCGGAUUACAUAAAGAGAGCGAGGCUAGAGAGUGCAAAGAGACAGAGAAGGAGCGGCAAACGAUCCCGUGGAUCUUGCUAGGCGAAUUGAAACGAAAAAGUGAUAGGGGAGUCUAAUGGAGGCACCUGCAUAAUGUUACGGAAAAAUUGGAGCCAACGUUAUUACUGCAGGGGAGUUGCGGUGACUGCCGUUGGUAUCAUCAGGCUUCGCAGAUAACACCUGCCCGAGUUUUCUCGUGGUUAGCCGAAUUAUCGGCUCUACAAUCCCCGGGAGAGUAAACAAUGUCAAACGUUCACACAGCUAAUGCAGCUUGAGCAUUGAGAUUAUUAUUAAUGGUGGAAAUUGAAUUGCGGAAUAAAUUCAAUUGCCGUGCAAACAUCAGACGCUAU